AAACGGGCGCGGGGAAGGAAAUCUCAGCCGGACCCAUGGCAGAAAUGGAGGGCUCGGCUACUGUGACUCUCCCCAGGGGCAAGAAGCCCAUGGUGUGUGUGGAAUACCCGGGGCUGGUGCAGAAUGUGGACAAGAUGCUGCUCACCCUGGGCGGGGAGGAAGGCGUGUCCCGGGUGUAUGCUGAUCCUGCGAAAAGGCUUGAGCUGUAUUACAGGCCUAAGGACCCUUAUUGUCAUCCAUUGUGUGCCAAUCGCUUCCCCACCACCACUAUGAUCCUACGGGUGAAGAUAAAAACUCGGAAAAAAAGGUCAGAUGGAAUGGAAACUCAAAGCCAAGCUUCAGAGCAAAAGGUUACUAUGGAAAUCAUUGGUGUGGUGGGAACAGUCUAUAAAUUCCAAGGCAUGUCGGAUUUCCAGUAUUUGGCAUUUACCCAAAGCCCUGAUGGAUCCCGGUUUUCUCUGUAUGAUAAAGUCCUGCUGACAAAGCCUCAGAAAGAAGAAUUCUUCCAUCAGGACCUGCCCCUAUAUAUCCCACCGCCUAUUUUUUCUCGAUUGGAUAACCCGGUGGAUUAUUUCUACAGACCAAACAUCAACCACAGGGAUGGAUAUCAGCCCCCAAGUUUAUCCAGCGAAAAUCUCAUCGGCCUUAGUAGGGCUCGCAGGCCUCACAAUGCCAUAUUUGUGAAUUUUGAAGAUCCAGAAGUUCCUGCAGAGCCACAUCCAGCCGCUUUGAAAAACUGGAAGAAGCUAUGUACUAACCCCAUAGACAGCCAUGUGGAGCAGGCAAUGAUGAGGCUUUUCAGCAUCCGUCCAAUAUGGUCCCGAAACGCAAUAAAGGCCAAUGUCAGCGUUCACCCCGACAAGCUGAAGUUGCUUCUACCAUAUAUGGCAUAUUAUAUGUUGACAGGCCCUUGGAGAAGUCUGUGGGUGCGCUUUGGCUAUGACCCCCGGAAAAACCCAGAAGCUAAAAUCUACCAAGUACUUGAUUUCCGGAUACGUUGUGGGAUGAAAUAUGGGUACGCCCCGAAUGAGAUGCCUGUAAAAGCCAAGCGUAGCACAUACAAUUACAGCCUGCCUAUCACUUUGAAGAAACCAGUGCCACAGGCAAUCAGUGUGCAGGACCUGACCCAAGGACUGGCAGCUUCCAACAUCCAAGGGAGUAAAAAGAUCCCAUCCAACAAGUAUAAACUGAAGGACUCUGUUUACAUAUUCCAGGAGGGCAGCUUGCCUCCAUAUCGACAGAUGUUUUACCAAUUCUGUGAUAUACACGUGGAGAGUUUGCAGGAGAUCAUAAAGCGCAAUGAUGGAGCGGAGACCGAAUGUACCGAAAGGGAUGGCUGGUGUCUUCCAAAGACCAGCGAACACCUUAGAGAUUCCAUGUGCCUCAUGAUCAAGCAGAUCAUCCGCUCCAAGAGACCAGCCCUGUUCCCUGCUCCAUCCACUUCUGCUGACAAGAAGGAGCAGCUGAGUUAUGAGUCUGGAGAUGAGGAGGAUGAUGAGGAAGAGGAGUUCCAUCCUUCUGAAGGCAGCGAGAAUGAAAUGGAGACUGAACUCCUGGAUUAUGUAUUAGAUGACACCCAGCAGCCUGAUCCUAUGGAGGAAUCUGGAACUCAGACCUGAUUUUGAUUUGUGCUGAAUGGACAUCACCUGAAUGGACCAUAAGAGAAGAGGUUGAGGAAAUGACAUUUGGACUCGUCACGUGAGCAUCACUUAAAUAGACCGUAAGAGAAGGGAUUUUCACUGAAAACAAAUGCAUCCGUGAAGUGUCUGUUUCACUUUACCAAAGAAAAAAACCUGCAGACGGGUAUAUAGUGCAGGUAUUUAGAGGUGCAAGCACAUACCUAUAGCAUUUUUUACAUCCCAGGCCAAUCUGGUCAGGCAGAGCUUUGAUGUUCCUAUUUGUCCGGUGCAAUGAUGAGUUGGCUCACUGGCCAGUAGGGAUAUUUGAGAGGAAGCAGGCAAGCUUUGGGCUGCCAGAAAGUGAAAGGCUUGUUGCUGGUCAGAAGACUGGAGAUACAUUCAGGUAGAGUGAGGGCACUGAAAAUUGCUGCAAGUAUGGUUGCACUAUAUACCUGUCAACUGAUGCAGAUUAUAUACCUGUCAACUGAUGCAGAUUAUAUACCUGUCAACUGAUGUAGAUUAUAUACCUGUCAACUGAUGCAGAUUUUUAAUUUAUUUUUUGCUAAUCUGAUAAAACAAAUGGGAGACCAGUUAUUGUAGUUAUUAGCACUAGUUCUUGUACAGGGUAAUGAGGUAAAAGGAAAGUUUCUGUCCUAUCCGUGUUCUGGGUGGGACAUUGAGCUGCGAUUUCAGCACUUACUGCAGUGGCAACAGAUGCUUUUAUUGUUUUCUUGAAAUCUGUUUAGCAUGCAGAGCUUGCCGCUAAUGUCGCUAUCUUAUUACACCAUGGGUUUGAUUUGCUAAAACUGGUAAGUGCAAAAUCUGGUGCAGCUCUGCAUGGAAACCAAUCGGCUUCCAGGUUUCAUUG